UUUCCUUUUCACUUUGGGUGAAGCAAAGAUGAGAGAAAAGUUUGGAUUUUUAAUUAGCAUAGGCAUUUUGUUAUGGGGUACUUGUUUCUGCAGCUUUGUAGGGAAGAACAGCUGCUUGAAAGUGACAUCGUUAUGGUCAAUCAAUGGAGAUUUCGAUUCCGCCGUCGGAAACUUCGGGGUUCAUCGGCCUGGCGGAGUCUUGAACGGCACGGUUGUUUAUCCUAGACCGAACAAGCGUGGAUGCAAGUCCUUUGAUGAAUUCCACAUCUCGUUCGAAUCGGGGCACGCCGGAUGCCCCAUUGUUCUCCUCGUUGAUCGCGGAGAUUGCUUCUUCGCCUUGAAGGCGUGGCGGGCUCAGCGAGCUGGAGCUGCCGCUGUUCUUAUCGCCGACGACAUAAACGAGCCGUUGAUUACCAUGGCUACCCCUGAAGACGGACAAGGUCACGGAGAUUACGAGCAGGAUAUCACAAUUCCAUCAGCCUUCAUUAGUAAAUCAGUAGGCGACCGCAUCAAGGAGGCACUUAGUAAUGGGGAUAUCGUUGACAUACAGCUUGACUGGAGGGAGGAGUCCCUCCUACGUCCCAACGAGCAAGUCGAGUACGAGUUUUGGACGAAUAGCAACUACGAUUGCGGUCCGAAGUGCGAUAGCCAGCUCGAAUUCAUCGAGAACUUCAAAGGUGCUGCUCGAAUACUUGAGCAGAAAGGGUACAUUCGUUUCACCCCGCACUACAUGACUUGGUAUUGCCCCGAAGCUUUUGUUUUGAGCAAACGAUGCAGGUCACAAUGUAUCAACCACGGUAGGUACUGUGCCCCGGGUCUCGACCGAGUAUACGACGGUAAAGACAUGGUGAUUCAGAAUCUUCGCCAAGCUUGCCUGUUCAAAGUUGCUAAUGAAAGUGGGAAGCCAUGGCUUUGGUGGGAUUACGUUACCGAGUUUGCGAACCGCUGCCAAUCGAAAGACAAGUAUACCAAAGAAUGCGCAGAUAAAGUCAUCCGAUCUCUCGACAUCGAUCUAGUUAAAAUCGACAAUUAUAUCGGAGACACCGAGGCCGAUGUGGAGAACCCUGUUUUUGAAGCAGAACGACAUGCAUGGAUAGGCAAAGGCUUCCGUGGAGACAUUACUAUAUUGCCAACUCUUCUGAUAAACAACAUACAAUACAAAGGGAAGUUGAAGAAAGGAGCAGUUCUCAAGGCAAUUUGUGCAGGUUUUCAAGAGACAGCGCUGCAAUCAUUUUGUUUAAAUGAAGUCUUACCGGAUAUACAAUCUACCGGCCGGUCGCUGGAGCCGCUGUACAUGCCGAUUUCAAGUGCAUGAUCCCGAAUUUGAUGCAGAGGCGGAUGGAUUCCCAGAUGUGGCGAUCGAUGGCGGAAGACACGGCGAUGAAUAGAAAAGCAUCAGAGGCACCACCUAAGCUGCCUAUUAUCAUUAUGU